CCUCCCGGCGCCGCCAUGAGGAGCGAGCCUCUGGCUUGGCCCCCGGUCUCGGCCCAGGCGGCCUCGCUGCUGGAGGAGGCGGCGGACCUGCUGGUGCUGCACCGGGACUUCGCCGCCGCCGUGGAGAGGUGUGAGGCGGGCUGCGACAGCCUGGGCCCCGGGACCGGCCCCCUCCCCGGCCCCGAGAGUUCUGCAGAAAUGAAAUGCUCCCUUUGUGUUGUGGGGAUUCAGGCGCUGGCUGAGAUGAACCGGUGGAGAGAAGUUCUGUCUUGGGUCCUACAGUAUUACCAUGUCCCUGAACAUCUGCCUCCAAAAGUUCUGGAGCUGUGCAUCCUGUUAUACAGCAAAGUGAGAGAGCCCCAGGUGAUGCUGGAGGUUGGCAGUAGCUGGCUGAGAGACCAAACCAAUAAGAGCCUCCCUGAGUAUGGUUCAUUGCUGGAGCUCUAUCUGUUGCAUGUGUUGCUUCCGCUUGGCCGGUUUGAGGGGGCAGAAGAGCUUGUACGCGGCUGUGAUGUUUUUGACAGCGAGCAGCAGCUGGCAUUUCUCAGGACCAUUUGCGAAAGCCGAUGUCAGUGGACUCAACAGAAAGAGAUGCACUCGGCUGCUGAAGAGCAGCAAGACACAGCAACAGAAACUGUUUUGGGUGCUUUGUCCCAAAAGCUCUUGACCAUGCUGACAUUUCUACGUAGAGCACUGAGGUCUAUGUCAAGCCACUUCUAUUUACUUCCUUACAAAAAGCUGCUCUUGGCUACUUUUCUGCUGUACCUGGUGGUGGUGAGAUUAGACCCAGCUUCUCCCACAUCACUGCCAUUCAUUUACAAACUGGUCCAGCUCUUCCGACAGGCUUGGGCAACUGUAUUUUCUCCAAUACAUAGGCCUCCAAUUCAAGACUAAGUGUCUUCUGUCACAGAAUGCAUUUUUCUCUGCUGCUAUAAAAGCGUCAGCUUGUCUUGAGGAUGUUACCAGGCUCUUCAAGGACUGUUGAAAUCAGUGUCCUAAUUGAGAUGACCACCUGUGAACUCCUGUGUGGCGAUACCUUUGUUUCUUCAGGCAGGGAAUGGUGGUGUAUGAAUUUUGAAGCCAUACCAAGUAUUCCUGACACUUUGCUUGGCUCUACAGCACCGUUCUGUCCAACACCAGGGUAAAGCCACUCCUUCUGUAAUCUAUAACUGAAUAAGAAUCCUCCUUUUCAAACUCUUUGCUUUGGAUGUAGCUCUUGAGUGAGGGUUGUGUAGGCAGUUAUGAACUAUAGAAGAAGGUUUCAUCCUUGGAAAUACUGGGCAGUUCUCUGAACAAGUGAAAUAGCGUUCCUGGAGGCAUGACUGUAAAAGGCAACGGAAUAUCAAUUAGGGGAAUAUUCUGUUUUGGCUGAAGACAUCUGAAAAGCCCAGUUCCUGCAGCAUGGGAUUUAGGACAAGUGUGUGGAAGAAAAACACUGGAGAAAGUGAAGCCUAUUGCAAUUUGAAGGCCACGGUUUCUCUUGUGACUGAUGCCUCCUUAUACAGGCGCUCUUGAUUUUAGUCAUAUUUAAGCCAGAAAGCCAAGACUGUUCUGCUGCACCUGCUCUUCUUAAAUGCAAAUUACAGCACUUCGUGCUUGCCUGAUGCACAGUAAUUCUUAAGAGCACGUGGUGGUGGUAAGGAAAUAGAUUUAUUUUUUUAAACUAUAUUCUAUAUUAUUGUCUAGUUGAACAACUGAAGUUGUUGCAUUGUUCUACUCUUUCCCUACCCUUGCUUUAUGUAGAUGUCAAAAAGUCUCCGUAUGUCUAGAAUUGCCCUCUCUGCCCCCAAUAUCUAAAGUCUUGGGUUACAUGGGAGCCAUUUAGCAAUGCUCUACCAUUCAGUACAAAAGUUUAUCAACAGGUAGAAAGAGAUACUUCUCUGAGAUCCCAAAACCUUCCCCAGAUCUGUGGCAAGAAAAUUAUUAUCUUUGCAGAAGAUCUGUCACCAGACUGACACCAUUUCUGACCACUUGGGACAGAAAUCAGAGGUUUGGGGUAGAACAUUCAUUUCUUCUCCAUCCAUCCACCUAUCAUCGAUUGAUAAAGGGUAAAUUCCAAAGAAGAGAGCACUGAACUACUUAAACAUUGCUUUAACCGGAGCAAACUGUUGUGUGCUGGAGAGACAAGGUCAGGAGCCUUUGUGGCAAACAAGUAGCCAUUCAUCCCAGCAUCUGUGUCAAAAGGAUGCAGGCUGAAUGAUGUCAGCCCAAACUACAAAAUGUUGAACAAAGCAGCCUUUUUGGUGGGCAAAUUCUAUCCAACACACCACACCUGUGACAAGUAGCCAGUAUAGAUCCCAGUACAACAGUAGUCCCCUUCGGGUUGUUCCUUUGUCUCUAGCAGUUGCCAUACGCUGAGGUAGUGGCUAUUUCACAAGGAUAGCAGCCUGUUCGUGCCUUUAAACUGUGCGCGAUCUGCUGCUUUGUUGCCUACCGGGCCACUUUGAAAACAGUUACGUGUCUAGUUCUUGGAUUAUCCCAAUAGAGAAAUGCUCCAAUAUUAGUGUCAGAUAAACUGGGGCAGGUCAUUCAUGAAUGCAGUAAUCACCCUGAUUAGUUGUCUCAGAGUAAAAACGAAAACAAUCCCCUAUCCCUCCCCAAAGCUUUUGUCUCUGCUAGGACUUCACACUACGAUAAGUAGCACAUAAUGCUUCACCAUAUUAAAAACUUACAUACUCUGCGCAAGUAGGGAAGAGCUGCUCUUGAUAUUGCUAGAUGUUUCUUGUAAUCCAGCUAUAAGUGUAGUUACAACUCUGCAACCAACAGUUGAUGGGAAACCAGGUAGAAUCAAACACAGAGUGUCUGUCUAGAGCUGAGCUCUUUCAAUAAAUGACUAGGCUGUAUCUACUGGCCCCCUACUUUGCAAGGCCUCAGUUUAAGUACUUUGUAAGACAGUUAAUGAAAUGGCAAACGUCACUCUGAAGUAAGGUCAAAAUCUCACCAAAUUGACUGUUUAGGUAACAACCAUUUUUUUCUCUAGUUUUCUAUUAACAUUCUUAGAUGGCAGAGCUGCAUUUUGGGAGUUGGGACCAGUGAUCUGGGCAGGCCAUAGAUUAUGUUUAGAAUGCUGUUAAAUGUCAUAGCCACUCAUUUACUAGGACUUGAACAUUCAACUUAAUGUUACCAACCUACACUUAAAAUUCACUUUUUUUGAGUACUACUGAUUUUGCAUUCAUAUUCUAUUUAAUUCAUCGUGAGAGGGCAAGAAGGCAGAAACAAGGCUUUCAGGGUUUUUUGCAAUUAAUACUUAAACUGCAAUAUUUAAUUUUCACAAUAAAGUGACUACUGAUUUAUCUCUUUGUAG